GCCCGCGACAGAGUGCAGACUGGACUGGGAACGCCGAUUAACCUCCCAUCAGACUCUCACCUUACCUUGGCAGAGCUACACAGAUUUGCCACAGUCUAUCUUCAAGAUGCCGAACCACCAUGUUGUCGGUGCUGGAGAGGCUGAGAAGGGCUACGAAGCAACGCAAUAUGGUUACGACAAGCAGACAAUUACCACUGAGGAGCCAUUUGUGCACGGCGCUGCUACAGUUGGCGAAGCUACUGGGCGAGGAGGAGACACACAUCGUGGACUGAAGAGUCGACACAUCCAGUUCUUAGCCCUUGGUGGUGCUAUUGGAACAGGUCUCUUCGUUGGAUCCGGUGCCAUCCUUGCGUUGGUCGGCCCCGCGCCGCUGUUCAUGGCUUACCUAGCCAUGAUGAUCGUCGUCUGGAAUGUCAUGAACAACUUGGCUGAAAUCGUCACUUACUUGCCUAUGAAGGGUAUCACCAUCCCCUACUUUGUCAAGCGCUUUGUCGACCCUUCCCUCGCAUUUGCAGUGGGAUGGAACUACUGGUACGCGUACGCCAUUCUUGUUGCCGCUGAAGCCACUGCUGGAGCCAUCCUUUUGGAUUACUGGGAGACGCCUGUUCACAGCGCCGUCUGGAUCACUAUCUUCCUCGUGAUCAUCUUGUUCCUGAACAUCGUCGCAGUUGGUAUUUUCGGUGAAGCAGAAUUCUGGUUUGCUUCUAUCAAGUUCAUCACAAUCAUGGGUCUGAUCAUUGUCGGUUUCACGAUCAUGCUGGGUGGAAGCCCUAAUAGCCAGGGCCGUCUGGGCUUCAGGUACUGGAAUGAACCUGGGGCCUUCAAACCGUAUCUCACCGGAGGAGGUGGUGGCAGAUUUCUGGCAUUUUGGACUGCGUUUGUCCGAGCCGGUUUCGCCUUCAUCACUUCUCCGGAACUCAUUGCGCUCAGUGCUGGUGAGACGAUCGAACCUCGACGCAACAUCCCCAAGGCUGCUGGUCGUUUCGUCUGGCGACUUGCAAUCUUCUACGGGUUCGGAUCCUUCAUCAUCGGUGUUAUUGUUCCCUCGGACGAUCCCCAACUCCUUAGCCCGAGCUCAAACGCUUCCGCGUCGCCUUUCGUCAUUGGUAUCCAGAGGGCUGGAAUUGGUGGCUUGAACCAUGCCAUCAACGCAGCAGUGUUGACAUCCGCCUGGUCGGCCGGUAACGCUUUCCUUUUCUCCGGAUCGCGUGUGUUAUACGGCAUGGCACUGAACGGUGACGCUCCCAAGGUUUUCGGUAAGACGAACAGGAACGGUGUACCUUGGGUUGCAGUCCUCGCGACCUGGACCGUUGGUCUUCUCUCAUACCUCAACAUCUCCAGCACCGGUGCCCAAGUUUUCACCUGGUUCUCCAACAUUUCCACCAUCUCCGGGUUCAUCGCUUGGAUUGUUGUCAUGAUCACUUACAUUCGCUUCCGCAAGGCCAUGAUUUACAACAACAUGCUCGAUCAGCUGCCCUACCGCACAAAGUUCCAGCCUUACGCUGUCUGGGUCGUUCUCGUUGUCGUUUCGCUAUUGACCAUCACAAAUGGCUUUGGCGUCUUCGCGAACGGCAAUUGGGAUGUCUCUGAUUUCCUCGCGGCCUACAUCACGAUUCCCAUCUUCUUAGUCUUGUACAUCGGCCACAAGAUCUGGUUCCGGACUCCAUUUUGCAUUAAGAUCCAAAACGUUGAUGUUAUGAGUGGCAAGAGGGAGAUGGAUGAGCUGUGUGCGAAUGACAUCUCUGGAGCACCUGUGCCGAAGAAUGUGUUCCAGAAGAUCUGGUUCUGGAUCGCUUAGCUGUACCCACUCAUUCCUGCAUUGAAGCAGGU